UGAAUACGUUUAUAAAUCCAGAAGGAAAUUGACGAGGAUGAUUCUUCAUGCCCCACCUUUCCAGCUUUCUUGAUCGAAUAUUACAUCUCAGAUUGAGUUACCCAUCUUCUUCUUCUUCUUCUACAUCAUUUUUUUGUUCCAUUACAGGAUUUUCUGUUGCAGAGAGCUUGAAUUUCUUGAUCCAUGGCGUCGUUGGAUUUUACCCAGAUCAGAACUACAAACCCAAUGUCCGAGCUCGCGCUGAAUCGGUCUCGGAUGCGUUUGACUCGUCGAAAUAGAGUUGGGUUCAGAGUGGUCGCCGCCGGUGAAGGUCAGGCGGAGCCUGAUCUCAGUGUGACGGUUAAUGGGUUGCACAUGCCUAACCCGUUUGUAAUUGGGUCGGGUCCGCCGGGAACUAACUAUACGGUUAUGAAGAGGGCAUUUGAUGAAGGUUGGGGCGCUGUGAUCGCCAAAACUGUGUCACUAGAUGCAGCCAAAGUAAUAAAUGUAACGCCUAGAUAUGCCCGGCUUCGAGCAGAUUCAAACGGCUCUGCAAAAGGGCAGAUCAUUGGGUGGGAGAACAUUGAAUUGAUAAGCGACAGACCCCUUGAAACUAUGUUGAAAGAGUUUAAGCAAUUGAAGGAGGAGUAUCCUGAUAGGAUUCUCAUUGCUUCAAUAAUGGAGGAGUAUAACAAAGCUGCUUGGGAAGAACUUAUCGAUCGAGUCGAACAAACCGGAGUUGAUGCAUUUGAAAUCAAUUUCUCGUGCCCUCACGGCAUGCCCGAACGGAGAAUGGGUGCUGCGGUCGGGCAAGAUUGUGCGCUUUUGGAAGAGGUUUGUGGAUGGAUAAAUGCUAAAGCUACAAUCCCUGUCUGGGCUAAAAUGACUCCCAAUAUCACUGAUAUUUCACAGCCUGCUCGGGUGGCUCUGAAAUCGGGAUGCGAGGGGAUAGCGGCUAUCAACACGAUCAUGAGUGUAAUGGGAAUCGAUCUCAAGACGUUACGCCCCGAGCCUUGUGUUGAGGGGUACUCAACUCCAGGAGGCUACUCUUCCAAGGCAGUUCAUCCUAUUGCUCUUGGUAAAGUGUUGAACAUCGCAAAAAUGAUGAAGGCGGAAUUUAAUGAUGGAGACUACUCUCUUUCUGGCAUUGGAGGUGUCGAAACCGGUGGAGAUGCUGCCGAGUUUAUUCUACUCGGAGCAAACACUGUUCAGGUGUGCACGGGAGUGAUGAUGCAUGGUUAUGGCCUCGUUAAGAAACUCUGUGCUGAGCUGAAGGACUUCAUGAAACUCCACAACUUCUCAUCCAUUGAAGAUUUCAGAGGGGCUUCCCUUCCAUACUUCACGACGCACACGGAUUUGGUUCGGAGGCAGCGGGAAGCAAUCGAGCAGAGAAAAGCUGUGAAGAAGGGUCUGCAAUCUGAUAAAGAUUGGACUGGCGAUGGCUUUGUCAAGGAAACUGAGAGUAUGGUUUCAAACUGAAGGGCUUAAUACAGUACAUGGAUCAAGCCUUUGCUUUGGCUUGGCAGUAGAAAUAACUCAGAAUCGUGUCUUUGUUGCAUCCGAGUUCAGUUUCUUUUGUUCUUUCUUUCUCCUUCCCUCGAAUAAGUGUAUCAUUACAGAACAGUUUUCAUUUCGUAUGAUUGUGUAUGUGAAGGAAUAUUAGCAAGAAAUUCCUUUCCAAGAUCAA